AUGAUUAUACAGGUGGUAUGGUUCAAUCUUGGAGCAUGGAGCAAGUUUCAAGGACUGUUUCUUCUUGGUGCAUUUGUUGUCAUUGAGCCUAUCCGACUGUGGCUUGGAUAUUCGGGUAAUCUAAAGGAAAGAGUUCCAGAUCUAUCAGGCUGUUUUGUUUUUAGCAUAUUCCCACAACUACUUAUAUGUCUAUACUUUAUGCUCCUCCAGCCAAUAAUGGGAAAUGGCGUGACGAUGCCAUUUGAUUAUGCAUUGAAUCUAGUGUAUAUUCUGAUGAUUGCAGCCGAGAUCGUGUAUGGAUAUAUGGCAGCCAAAGACAUUGUGCAAAACCACACCAUGCAUAUCUAUAUGAUCUUGGGGGAAACGACCAAGGAUGAUAAAGGGACUGACAGCACUAGACUGGACCAGACUGAUGGGUUUUCAGUUUGUAGUUACAACUCUGCAAACAGUGGAGUAGAGUAUACUCGACUCAAGUCGGAAUGA